CCUCACCCCCUGCCCUCCCUCUCAGGAAGGGACUGAACGACAACUUGCAGAGUUGCUCUUGCUCGAGCAGCCGGAAGGAGGGAUUCACCGGGAAGAAAUCCCCUCUGUGGAGCCAUCCGACGGCUUCCCAAGUGUCCCUUACGUGUCUGCGCGAGGACUGGCAGAGCCGCGGAGCCUGAGUUGAAACAGAGAUCCUCUAAGACCAGCUGAGGGACACCAGGACAGAGAAUCAUGGAGAUCUACUCUACGUCAAGGAAACUUACUUUGCUCUCCUUUCUCCUGGGGCUCUCAGGCGUAUGGGCCAACAUCCAAAUGCCUCAAACCAGCAUGGAAGUGGUCAAAGGUAAUCUGGUGCAGCUAAUAGCCUCGUUCGUCGGAAAACCAGACACUGACAUGACCACCAGCACCAUCAUCUGGAACUUUGUGACGGACAGCACCCAGCAGGUCAUCAGCUACAUCAAAGGCACCAUCAACGAGGGCAGCCCCCAGUUCAGGGGCCGCGUGGGGUUCCUGAAGGCCAUGCCUUCGAGAGAUGUUUCUCUGUACAUCAACAACACCAGGGAGUCUGACUCCGGCCGUUAUGUGUGUCAGAUCAUCAUUCCUAAUGUUACUGGUGAUCCCGUUGAGGUCGUUCUUGAUGUGAAGGUCCCUCCUGCUGUUCCCAAGUGCUCUGUGUCCGGGAAGCCAGUGCUGAAAGGAAACGUGACUCUGACGUGCAAGUCUAGUGCUGGGAAGCCUGUCCCGCUGUACAGGUGGAGGAGAACCAGUCCCGCCUCUGAGGUCUUUUUUUCACCGAUGCUCAAUGAGAACACUGGGGAUCUGAAGUUGAGCAACAUGAGCAGCAACAUGUCCGGGAUGUACGUGUGCACAGCCAGCAACUCAGCAGGAAGUGAAACCUGCUCCAUCACCCUGGACAUCAUCAACACCAACAAGGUUGGAAUGAUUGUUGGCGCAACAGUUGGAUCGGUCCUCGGCUUCAUCUUCCUCCUCUGUGUCUGCGUCGGGUUUCUGUUUAUUUUCAAGAGAAGAAGAGACAACGAGGACGACAUGGCCAAUGAAAUCAAGGAAGACGCUCAGGCUCCGAAGCGCGUCUCCUGGGCGAAGAGCGGGAUGGGCUCUGAUGUCAUCUCGAAGAACGGCACGCUGUCCUCCAUCGCCUCCAGCCCGCGCCACAAAGACAACCACCACCACCACCACCACCACCUGCAGCAGUAUCCCCAGCAUCCUGCCUCGGACACCGCUUCCAUCAUCACAGCCACAGGCAGCGCCGCCGGCUACAGACCGCCCCGCCACCAGGGGGCCUCCACUCCCACUCAUUACAGCUACAACAACAACAGCACGCUGCCCCACGGACAGCCCGCCUCAAACCAGGCCGCCAACGGCAGUUCGCAGGCGGUCCAGGAGCGCUAUGGCCACCUGCCCCAGGCCCAGCAGCUGCCUCAGACCUACACCCAGCUGCAGGGGCAGUUCCAGCCCGCCCCGUCCCCGCCACCGCUGCCCACCUCCACCAUCACUGCCUCCAACAUCCACCGCAUGGGAGGGGUGCCCAUCAUGGUGCCUGCGCAAAACCAAGCAGGUUCUCUGGUCUAACGGAUGUGCCGUGCCACGCGGUUAGACUGACCGGAGGCUCAGCCGGGUCUCUGCAGGAAACAUUCCAUAUUUUUACUUUUUUUUUUUUUAGCAAACAGGACGAGAGCAAGAAGUCAUUUACUGUUGCACGCUUUCAAAUCAGCAAGCUGCCAUGGCAACCAUUCAAGACAUGCUUUUUACUUGCUUUGUAUUCACUCUUUAUAAACUGUUCUCACAAAUGACGUAUAGAUAAAAUUCUCUUUUCUACUUUUUUAUUGCCAUGCUGUUCUCCUUUUGUUCACCCGGCAACCGGAUUGUUUUGGGGGUUUUUUAGAGGGUUUAUUAUUCCCAAGUUUUAGCAAAGAUGUUACAGAAAAUAGGCGGGACGUAAAUCUCUCAGCCACCCUUUCUUACAACAACUACCUGAAGGAUAAGUCGUUGUUUCCCACUGCAACGUUUAAAGAAAAGGCCAGAAUAUGUUUGAUCUCUGCAAACACUUUGCAGCACAUGGAAGCAAGGCUCCCAGCAAAGCACUCAAACCUCAGUGAGCUCUUCAGUCGCAGGUUUUUUUAGUCAUGAUGCUCCAGCAUCGUCUUCGGCACAGAGAAGGGAGACGGACGAGGAGGGAAAAACUACGAGGCUUGAAUCCCAAUUUCACAUUUCCCCGCAGCUCGAUUCUUAAAAAGCAACUCCAAGGGUUGAAAGUCUCACUUUGAUCAGCUAAGCGACGAGAGGAAAAAAGCAUUUGGAGUGCAUAAUUCAUUCAGUCUGCUCAAACUAAACGUCAGUCUUUGAGCUGGGGGAUGCAUCCGCACAGAAACCUGCUAAUAGCUGAUGAAAAUACAGUUUUGGUUUUCUCCUCCGCAGUGAUGACUUGAUGGUGAAGGUGCAGAAACUUCCCUUAGAGCAGUGUUUCUCAAUUCCUCUCCUCAGGCCCCUCUGCCCUGCAUGUUUUAGGUGUUUCCCUUCUGCCACACACCUGGAUUGAAUAUGUGGGUGAUGAACAGGCUUCUGCAGCACUUGAUGGUCAUGCAAUCAUUAGAAUCAGCUGCUCUGGAGUAAAGGUACAUCUAAAACAUGCAGAGCAGGGGGGCCUGAGGACUGGAACUGAGAAGCACUGCUUCAGAGGGAGAUUCUGCACAUUGUGAGGAGGCAGCCUGAGGUGUUGUGAUAGAGAUGGGUCUAUGAAAACCAAGUAGUUUAGAUUUGCUGUGAUCCAUUUAAUGUUAGAAGGAUCUUGGAGAUCCUGAAUUAGAUCCAGCUUGAAGAAACGAGGGGUUGGUUUGGUGGACGGAGUUCUGCCUGAAACAUCCUCUAGUCUCUAGUCUUGAAAACUGCUUAUGAUUCUGAAUCAGAACUGGCUUGUUGUAACUCUGCAUAUUUUCAUCCUUGCAUUAUAAUAUGUCAAGUUUCCAGUAAGACGAAGAAAUAUCUAAAUAUAUUUAUUAGUUUUAUAUGUGUUCCAGACAUUUGUUUCCUGUUUUUUUUUUUUUUAAUGUCUAAUCUGUAUGGAGGAUGAUAUCAAACUUAGAUGGAAUAUUUAUCUGAAACACUGGAUGCUGAACCAGAGACAAAAUCGUCUUUGUUCCUGACAUGUUACACCUUUUUAUAGCAGCAGUUUUACUUCAGGUCACUUUCACACAGAGCUUAAAACUUCCUGAAUAUUUUACAGGGUAAAAACUGUGUUGAACUAUGAAGCGCUGCCAAAACGACCCCAUGUUUAAAACAAACAAACAGAAAACUUUAAGCUGAACCGUGACAACGGUAUCAAAAAACCCAAUCAGAUAAAGUUUGGCUUUUUCUAUGAAUCGUGUUUCUGCUGUAGGGAUUAACUGUGAACCGGUGACUUUUCUUUUUUGGCAUUUUUUAUUUUUAUUUUUUUCAUUAUUAGUUUAUAGCCACUAAACUAUUCCUGAUAAAUUGGCACAUUCUGAAAUAUUUCGUAGGAAGAGUUACAAACUAAAAAUUGUGUCAGAAAUGGUCGGAGGAAUCCAAUGAGGAGUAAAAAUGUAUCAACUGUUUGUUGGUUUACAGAGAGAAGCUUCUCCACUUGCAAGAAUUUCAACAGAGAUCUCAUGCUGACUAUGAACAAAUAAAUUCUCUUCUUCACAUAUAUAAGUUUCCUUAUUAAAGACUUUUUUUUUUUUUUUUUUUUUUUUUUUAGAUUUGGAUUUCUUGUCCGCUUUUUAAAAAAUGUUUGUCAUACUUUCUCCUGUUGUACUGUGGAGACUUUUACGAGCUGUCUGGCUUUCAACACGAACACAGAAAGUGAAAACAUUCCAGAACCACCUAUCCUGAAACGAAUUAUCUGAAAUGUUUCUUAGCUGUGGAGCAUUUCUGUUGAAUGUCGACGACGCUUAAGCAAACUGGAAAAUGUUUCAUGUCUUACGGUUAUCAGACUCCAUGUUUUAGAGUGUGACUGAGUCAUUUCAAUGUGUAUGUUGAUGAUUAUAAUGUAUAGUUAAAGUCAAGCCUUUAUUUUUCUACAGCAAACAUGAGAACAGCGUUCCUUUUUACUAUGUAACUUUAUGAACUAAAUAAAUGCUCUCCAUCCCAGCAGGAAGCAUUCUAGAGGCUCUGUGGACAAACAGGCCGUGAAGCAUCUUAUUUAUACAGAAGGCUUAAAGUCCAGACAUCGGUGUGCAUUGUCCACUUGUAUACUCCAUAUUUAUGUUCAUGGAAAAGAAAAUGCCUGAUAUUUUCAAAUAAAUAUAGACAAACUCU